AUGAGCAACAUAGGAGAGGUUAUAGAUAAUAGAGCAGAUACUGUGUCCCCAGUGCUUACAGCUGGCACAACACCCAUUGAAGUUGAUGUGGAAAUGGAAGAUGCAGACACAACGCAGAACAAUGCCAAUGAUCAAGAUGAAAUGCAAGGAAUACAGAAACACUCAGAAGACGAAGAACAGCCAGAUCAAUCACUAUCUUUACCGUUGUCUAAGAUAAAACGUAUAUUUAAAAUGGACCCGGACUAUUUGGCAGCUUCUCAAAGUGCCGUCUACACUGCUGGUUUGGCCACUGAAUUGUUUGUUCAGUACUUUGUAGAACAAGCAAGUUUAUUAGCAAAGAUGGAAAAACGUAAGAAAAUUCAAUAUAAGGAUUUUGCCAACGCUGUAUCAACUCAUGAUUCGUUGAAUUUCUUAAGUGAUACUGUCCCAAAAACACAAAGCAUUGGUGAAUUAAUUAAUAAUAAGAAAGUUAAUCUUAAGGGUCCUGAAACUAAUAAUCCACAAACGGUUAUCGCACCAGUUGAAAAGUCAGCUGAGCCUAUUAUUGUAAAGAAAGAUAUCUUAGCUAAGGGUCAACAGACACUUAAUUUCCAACUGGCUCUGGCACCUAGAGAAGAGAGACCCAUUAAAAAAGCAGUAAUACAUGAUUUAGUUACUAUCGACGAUGAAGAAGAUUAG